AUGGCGACCGGUGAGAGGCGAUCAAAUCUCAGGUUGCUCAGGACGUCAUUGAUUCUGGACCAAGGCGGCACACGCACGACUCGCCAUGGAGACUGUCUCAGACUGUGUACUUACAACGCGAAAACAGUUUGCACAGACGCUGCCCUUCUCGGAGCUGUAGAGCGUAUCAAAUUUCACGUGAUUGCUCUGCAGGAGACCAAGUGCAGAAGGAGCGACGUACGACAGAUGAAUGACGGUACACUCGUCAUUCGUGGAGAGAAGGUUCCGUCGCGAAAUGUAGGCGGUGUUGGUUUCGUUGUGCACCCAUCUGUCGUCCAUCUCGUCGAUUCUCACGAGAUCCUGUCACCUCGUCUGGCCAUUCUUCGCCUCCGCCCUCUGCGCCAAAAAUCCAUCAGUAUCAUCAACUGCUAUUCACCAACAUCAGCAGCUGAUGAUUCCGAAUUGGACGCGUUUUACGAGGAGCUGGAGGAAGUAGUCCACAACGAGAAGUCCUUUUACAAAUUCGUUGUCGGAGACUUCAACGCAAAACUAGGAAAGGCCACAGAAGGGGAAUACAGGAUUGGAAGAUUUGGACUAGGGGACCGGAAUGAAAAUGGCAAUCGUCUCGCCGGGCUGUUGUCCGCCGCUCGCCUCUUUCAUGGGAACUCUCUUUUCAUGAAAAAAAGAUCAUCGUCGGUGGACAUGGGAAUCGCCCAAUGGCGCGAUUCGUGCGGAGAUCGACCACAUACUGACCAACCGGAGCCACACGAUGGAAAAGAACAUCUGCUAUCGGCAACGAAGGAGAAAAGAAGUCGUCUACGACGAUUGCGUACUCGACGACACCUUGUCCUAAGAGGAUUACAAGUCUGUGCUGAGUGUGCCUCGAAGCCGCGCUUGAUAAACUUGGAUCGAAUUUCAAACACCACCAAGGAAUUGUUAGGAAGAAGAAGGGCUUUGAGGUUUGAUCCGAAUGCAUCGCACAUUGAGCGGCAGAAGAAGAUUCUGGAAGCAGCACAAAGAAGAACGAGUCUAAAGAAGUGCCGCAGGGAUCUCCGCGAAUAUAAUAUUCCGCUAGCAACCUUGCUGAGCGAAGACAGGACUCGCACGUCUUCUCGUCGUAAGAUGGAAAUCAUUACGGAGAGGUUCUACUCGAACCUUUUCCGUUCAUUAACUCCUGUGUCAAGCCCGAUCAUCCCCACUGGUGAAGCUCCACCACGGAUUCUCCCUUCGGAAGUACGAGUCGCUACCAAGACCAUGAAACAUGACACAGCCCCCGGACCUGAUUUUAUAUCAGCAGACUUUCUUGGGAAAGAAAGGAUCCCAGACCAGUGGAAGACCUCGCGAACCGUUCUUAUCCAUAAGAAAGGUGGCCGAGAGGACCUUCGGAACUACCGUCCGAUAUGCUUGCUGAGCUUAUUAUACAAAGUAUUCACCAAGAUCAUCCUCACGCGCACAUCUAGGGCGCUGGAUGAAGCCCAGCCUCAAGAACAAGCUGGAUUCCGCCAAGGGUUCAGUUGCUUGGACCACAUCCAGACCGUGCCGAGGGUUAUAGAGGUUUGCCGGGAAUACCGCCUUCCCCUUGUUCUAACCUUCGUCGACUAUGAGAAAGCCUUUGACGGCGUAGGAACGAAUGCAGUACUGUCAGCGCUGGUCGAUCAAGGUGUGGACGCGUCGUAUGUGAGGACAUUAGCCAAUUGCUACGAACGAUGCACGACUAGGAUACAGCUUUUCCACCGCCCUCUCACCAUACCCAUUGGAAAGGGGGUACGACAAGGCGAUACUAUAUCGCCGAAGCUGUUCACGGCUGCAUUGCAAUGGAUAAUGAAAUCACUAUCCUGGGAAGAAAGGGGCAUACGUGUUGAUGGAAGAUUUCUUUCGAACCUUCGUUUCGCGGACGACAUCGUUCUCUUUUCGAGCAGUAUCAAUGAAGCAGAAACGAUGCUCAACGAAUUGAACGAAGCAGGGAAGAGAAUAGGACUACGAAUAAACAGAAAGAAGACACAGUUCAUGAAGAACGCGCACUGCGAGGACGGAGGAGUACAACUUGAAGGCUCCCAAAUCGUGGAAACUCCGUCAUACGUAUACCUCGGACGUUCUAUGAACAUGGAAAACGACUUGAAGGAAGAACUGAAUAGAAGAAUGAGAGCAGCAUGGGCAGCAUUCGUAGCCAUCAAGGAAGCUACGGACCAACUGACGGACCAAGAUCUUCGAGCCCACCUGUUUGACUCGACAGUCUUUCCAGCGCUCUGUUACGCAGCGGAGACGUGGGCAGACACCGCGGCCAAGUCUAGGAAGCUACUUACUACCCACAGAGCCCUUGAGAGAUGUCUUCUGAAGUUUAACCGGUGCACACUACACCUAGCCGAUCUUCGCAGCUCCGACUUAAGAGGAAUGUCCCGUCUUUGCGACCCAGCGGAACAUGUAUCGAAAGCAAAACAUAAAUGGGCCGGUCACAUCAUGAGAAGAAUCGACGAUAGAUGGACUAAAAGAAUGCUAGAGUGGAUCCCAAGGGACACUAAACGUCCCCGAGGGAGACCGCCAACGAGAUGGGGUGACGUGUUCGCUGCACGGAUGGACCAGCUGAGAGCUCAGCUGGAUACGGCUCAAGGACCUCGUCAACGGUUCAGGUUGAAAGAGCAUCUAAAACCUCAAAAUAGAGGCAGAGGUUACUAUACUAUUAUUCAAGUCCGGGAUCAUAACACGCAGAACACUAGAGGCUCUGACGAAGGCGAAAACGCCGAAACGUCGCCUGUUGAUAAAUAUCAAUACCAGUCUUGGCCACAGCUCAAGCAAAUCAAUAAAAAAGCUACGUAUUCAACAUGCCAAGAUUCAAGGACAGUCGAACAUGAGCAAUCGUUAGGACGACACGCCAGGGAGGAACCGAAAUCAAGAAGACUACGUGGUGCGAAGAUUACCAGAACGCGACACAUCAGCAAGAAACCUACUAACCAAAACAAUGAAGAAAGCUUGUAUCAAAUGGUAAAAGAGCAGAAAAUCUGUAGAGGUUCGACACAGUAG